AUGGGCCGGAAAACACAGACCUCAGUCAUCACCUUCUUGGGAAAGCUUAGGCGCGCGCGCGGCCGUCAGCUCCGCUGCGAUGCCGUGAGCUUCGGCACUGUGGUCAAGCUUUGCAGCAAAGACUUGCAAUGGCAGCAGAGUCUAGGCUGCUUGAACGAGGUGGCCUCCCGCGCCGUCCGCCUGCGCGGCGCCGUGUUGGUCAACGGGGUUCUGAGCACGCUGUCGGGAGCGGCUCGUUGGGCGGCGGCACAGGAGCUGGUGGCUCAAGGCUUCACAUCUUUGCGGUGUAGUGUGAUCACAGCGAACAGCUUGAUGAGCACGUACCAGCGUGCACAGCAGUGGCCCAGGGCCUUCGCAGCCUCGCGACACAUGGCGCAGCGGGCGUUGGGCUUGGACGUGGUGACGCAGAAUGCCCUCAUUCACUCCUCCUGGCGCCUUGGUUUGGCCUACCGACGCCUGACCCACCCCACGGCAGUGACCUUGGGGUCGUUGAUCUCAGCACCGAACGAGGACACGGCCAAGCGGCCGUCGGUGUGGGGGCGCUGCUUGCAGUUUUUUGCUCAGGUGAGACACUUCGCCUUGCAGCUGAGCGUCGUGCUGUGCAAUGCUGCCCUGACCGCCUGUGAGAAAGGAUGCAGGUGGGCUUUGUCAUUGGCUUUGAUGUCUUCCUUCGGUGUGCAGCGCGUGCAGCCAAACGCGGUGUCCCUCAGCGCGCUGGGCAGUGCCCUGGGCGAGUCCGACCGGCACAGCUCGACGAGUCCGAGUCUCCGUUGGAGGGCGUCGCUGGAGCUGGUGGAGUUGGCCCCCAGCAUGCGUCCCACAGGCUCAAGGAUGAGAUCUGCCGCCACGGCCACCUUCAAUGUCGCCAUCAGCGCUGUAGGAGAUGUACGGCACUGGGCCCAGAGCUUGCAUUUGCUGGAGCGCCUGGUGAUGUGUCGCUUGUCGCCCAGUUCCACCACGGUCACCGCGGUGCUGUCCGCCGCGGGGGCGCAGGCACAGCAGCUGGUGAGGCGCUUGUGCCACGAGGUUCGCCCCGACACCUUUCACCUCAAUGCCCUCCUGGGCGCGCACCAACGCCGCGCUGCCUGGGCCUUGGCGCUCCAAGCCGCGCGCGGCGCGAGGUCCUCAGCCGAUGAAGUGGGCGCGCGUGCGGUCUGGGGCGCUUUGCGCUUGCAGAGCUGGAGGUGGUCCCUGGAGCUGCUGGAGUGGUUUGGAGCCAAGGAGGUGGCCACCUUCACCAGCAUCAUUGAUGGCUGUCAAGAUGCCUGGCGCGUGGCUACUCAGCUCUUCCACCAGUUGCUCGACUUGGGCCUUCAACCCAACCUCGUGGCCAGCAAUGCGCUCCACGCCAGCUGCGCCUUCUCCACAGCCUGGCUCCAAUCCUUACACCUCCUGCGCUGGACACGUGCGCGUCAAGUGCCCGACCUGCUCACGGCCACUUCUGCUCUGAGCGCGCUUCGGGGAGGAGGUCCACAGCGUUGGACGCAGGUGACGACUUUGUUCAGCCACCUGCGCCUUUGGCGCCUUUGCGCCAAUCAAGUGACCUUCCUGGCAGCUGCAGAGAGUCUGGCAGGUUGGCUGAGCCGGAUUGCCGGAGAAAAAAUGCUGGCCAAUGGGACCAAAGCCUUCUUGGGAUGUGGCUACUGCACGGAGGCCUUUCCAGAGAGGAAUCAGCCGCUCGGGUCUCCCUACCGCUCGGUGCCGGCGCCCUUGCCCCAGCGCGAGCACCGCCUUCAACAGGCUCCACAUGCAGCGAUCACCAAGAACUUCCCUUUGUCCGAAGUGAACCGGCACUGCAUUCCUGAAGAUUGCUGGGUGGCGCUGAACGGCAAGGUCUACGACCUCACGGAGUUCAUGGACCGACAUCCUGGCGGGCCCACCACCAUCCUGGCGUGGGCCGGAAAAGAUGCCUCGAAGUUCUUCAAUGACAUCCACAAAGGCGUGAAGAUCGACUCCUACCUACGACCCGAAGCCUUUCUGGGCGACCUCGGCGUGGACGAGAGCCUCAUGUCCGAGAGCUUUUGGCACACACUGCGGGAAGCGCGCAUUACGGAAGUCAAGGAGGAGCUGAACCGGAUCUUGGGGAAGACCGCCACUCGGCGGCGUCAUGCGGAUCUGGGUCUUGGACCGUCGGAUUCAGCUGCGAAGACCCAAACUGAGGCGAAGCUGCAGCGCAUGGAGACACAGAAACGUGCUGCGCUGGAUGCUGGAGAUUACGAGAAAGCCGCCAAGAUCAAGAAGGACGCGGACGAGAUCUUCCAAAAGCCGGUGGAGCUGAAGAAGUCGGGCGACAUCCCCUUGUCGGAGGUGGCGCAGCACAACAAACCCCACGACUGCUGGAUCGCGAUCAACAACACGGUCUACGACCUGACCGAUUUUCUGCAACACCACCCCGAGCAACGGAAUUCCAUCCUGGCCUGGGCGGGUCGUGACGCUACACCCAUGUGGGACAAAAUCCCUGGGCGCUUUCCCAGUAAGAACUGGAUGGAGUUCUACAUGCGGCCAGAGGCGGAAAUGGGCAAGGUGGCCGCUGAGGCCUCCAUGAGUGCGAAAGAGAAGGAGGAUAUCCAGGCGGCGAAGACGGCGGCGGCGAAAGUCCCCGGCACCGCCGACAUGCCCAAAGUGUCGGAGGCCGCGCGCUUUCCGAAGCUCAAAGACAUCACAGCCGGCAAGGAGUUCCCCUUCUUCUCCCGGGCCGAAGUGGCGAAGAAGACGGGGCCAGAGGAGCCUUUCAUGAUCAUCCACAACCGUGUCUAUGACUUGCGACCCUUGCUGGGAAACCAUCCGGGUGGUGAUGAGAUCCUCACCUCCAAGGCUGGCACAGACUGCACGAAGGAGUUCGAGGUCUUCGAGCAUUCGGAGAAAGCCCGAGUACGACGGGAUCAAGAGCUCCUGGUGGGCGACCUGCUGCCAGCUGAGCAUUUGGACUGGGAUGCAGAGGCCAAGGCUGAGGUGGCGUCCGGAGGCGACCGAACUGGCUCUGACUUGGCCUUGUACAUGAAAUACAAAGUCUUCGAUGCACUGGUGGCUUUCGUGUGCAUCUACAUCUACCGUACUUCCCAUCAUAUGAAGCCGCUGUCCUUGUUGACUUACAGUCGGGCGCUGCGGCACUUGCACCUCCUGAUGGCACUGGGCAUUUUUGGUGCCUUGGGCACCGCCCAGGCAGCGGCCUACUCCAACGGACAGAAUAAGAGGAAACUGUUGAUUCUGCACAAACAACUUGGUAUUGGGAUGCUGCUGGGCCUUGUGGCGCGCGCCUUGGUCCGGCUACGCUCGGGGAUCCCACCCAGAUUCCCGGGGAAUAAACUGGUGCAGAUGGUGGAGACCCAAAGCUUACGGUUCUUCUAUGCCAUCAUGCUAGCAUUGCCUCUGACGGGGAUGGCCAGUGAGUACUACUUGAAGUGGGCCUCUUCGGAAUCGCCCGAGGAUGACCGAAAGAACGACCAAGCAGCUCAAAACGCCAUCUCGCUCCACAAGUCCUUGGGCAAACUCUUCCAGUUCGCAUGGCUUCCGUUCCACUUGGGCUACACCACGCUCUACCACGCGUCCAAGGGGCGCGGAGUGGUGCGCAAAGUGAGUUGCUUGGUGUGUGACCAUUUGCGCAAAAAGCUGCUGGAGCUACGCACGAAGUCGGAGCAGCUUCAUCGAUUGCUUGGGCGCUUGGAGCAUGGCCUUGGAGCUGCUGCCUGGGAGGCCCAGUGGUCUGGGAGAGGUGCCAGGCACAGCGACCGGGUGCAAACGUGUGCUGUGCCGCCUUGCCCUGUGCCGUGUUCAACGCAUGUCCGGAGACUUGCACGGCUCGCGUAG